GCAACCGUGAGUGUAACAAGGAUAACACUUGAUGUUUCCUGGCGCGUAUCGCAGUUUCACACGAAUGGCGACGCGAGCGAAUUCAAUAUGUUCCACCGCGCUGCUCAUUCUUCUAAUGCUCUAAUGCUAAACAACGCCGUGCGCAGAUAAACGCCUGCAACUCGCGACCGGUAAUGUUGUGGCAUUUUAGUGAAAGCAACACGCCGUGUUUGUAUCAAAUACGCCAGCACCAUACACCAACAGACAUGAAUUCAAGCGGUUAACGAUUGCGUACUUAGGUAGACAAAUUUAAUUUUCACUUAUUUAAUAAUGGACCCACCGAACAAUGCGGACAGCAUUCCAAGUACAAACAGUAAAGAGAUUCAUAUUCACAAAGAGAGAAAGGAAUUCGAAGUGAUCAACACUCAUGACAGCAGGACAUCUGGAUUACUCAACAUUCGAGCUAUAACAUUUCUUUUGUUAUGGUACAUCUUCAGUGGAUGCACGUUAUUCCUCAAUAAAUAUAUUCUUACAUAUUUAAAUGGCAAUCCAACUGUGUUAGGUGCAUGCCAGAUGCUGACAACUGCAACAUGUGGAUUUUUACAGCUGUAUUAUCCAUGUGGCAUGUUUAAACCUUCAUCGAGACUCAAUAAACCUCCUGGGUUUUAUCGACAUAUGAUUUUAGUUGGUUGUACUAGGUUUUUAACAGUUGUUCUUGGUUUGGUAGCUUUAAACUAUGUAGCUGUAAGUUUCACCGAAACAAUUAAAAGUUCUGCUCCACUGUUCACAGUCUUAAUAUCUCGAAUUUUAUUAGGUGAACAAACAGGUCUCUUUGUCAAUUUAAGCCUAGUGCCAGUAAUGUCUGGCCUAGCAUUAUGCUCAGCGAAUGAGAUCAGUUUUGAGCUGCGCGGGUUCAUCGCGGCCAUGGCGACUAAUUUGACCGAGUGCUUGCAGAAUGUCUAUUCCAAAAUGCUCAUAUCCGGUGAUAAAUUCAAAUACACACCGGCUGAACUUCAAUUCUAUACUAGUCUAGCGAGUAUCGUUAUUCAAAUUCCGGCCACGCUGCUGCUGGUUGAUAUAUCAGUGGCGCAUCGUCUCGAUGUGAAAAUGUUGUUUUAUUUUACCCUCAAUGGGGUAUUCUUCCACUUUCAGAGUAUUACUGCUUAUGUUUUGAUGGACUAUAUUAGUCCUGUGACGCACAGUGUAGCGAAUACUGCCAAACGCGCAUUUCUAAUCUGGCUCUCUGUGUUGAUGUUCGGCAAUCCAGUGACGAUGCUCAGCGGCCUGGGCACGAUCAUCGUGAUAGCCGGCGUCUUCCUCUAUAUCAAAGCACAACAAUACGACGAGCGCAUUUACUCCGCGAAUCUCAUCCAAAGAAGGAAAGUGCGAGCGAUUUAAUCGUCUCGCACUCGUAAUGAAAUUUCUAAUGAAAUUAUUGAUGAUGGUAAUUAAUUUUCGUACUUGUGAUAUCAGUAAGUUAGCAAUAUUAUAAAUUAACGAUAAUUUAAAACUAUAAAACUUAUAAAUAUCAACCAAACGUGGACUAAGUGUUUUGUAAAGUUCUAAGCAAAUGAAAAUAUCAAGUUACACACUAAAAACUCCACAAUACUGUU